AUGAGCGCACGAGACGAUGUCGACGCUGUGACGCCGUCUGCGUACAGCGUCGCGACGCUCUCGGCUCAGUGGGACCUGGCGCCAGCCGUACGCAGCACCUUAUCGACGCUGGCUAUCCGCUCGUUCUUUCCCGUGCAAGCUGUGGCGAUUCCCAAGAUCUUAGCCAGCACAAAUGACCGCGUGACGGACAUCUGCAUCUCGGCUCCCACUGGCAGCGGCAAGACGCUCACGUACGUCGUGCCAAUUGUCCAGCGACUGCUCUCGCGUGUUGUUUGCCGUGUGCGUGCACUCAUUGUCGUACCUAGUCGAGAUCUCGCCGUCCAGGUGCAUGCGAUCGUGCAGGCAUUUUGCCAGAACACGCCAUUAACGUGUGGAUUAGCUGUGGGGCAGAGCAAUUUUGCAGUCGAACAGCGUGCACUUGUGGGUGAUUGUCACGUCUUUGGACAGGACGUGAAGGACGCAAUACAUGGCGGACAGAGUGCUGUUGAUAUUGUGGUGGCCACGCCAGGACGAUUGGUGGACCAUCUGGAACAAACGCGCGGCUUUACGUUGCAGCAUCUGCAGCUCUUUGUUGUCGACGAAGCUGAUCGACUAUUGAGUCAGUCGUACCAAGACUGGAUUGCUAAGGUCUAUAGUAGCAUCUUUGCUGGACAAGAAGUGGAUGAUGACGUACUGGCUGGAGAAGCUUGUGGAGUUACUUGGCGGCGACAGGACUCGAUUGACAGACGCCGGAUUCGUACACCGCUUACUAGAGUACUGCUGUCAGCGACAUUGACGCGUAACCCGCGAAAGCUAGCAGCUAUUGGAAUGAGUAAUGCAGAGCUAACCACGAUCGGACGGAUCGAUGACCCGCUGGCUGAUAAUGCCAAGCAGAGCACAGUCGGCGAUCUGGAUAACGAGGAUGAGAAGGAAGGAAGUAAAGAAGUAGCGAGCUCGGCGAAGAGAUAUUCGACGCCGACAAAUUUGGACGAGUACUGGAUCGAGUGCGACACUGGAUCAAAACCGCUGAUACUGUUGGAGCUCCUCAGCGAGUUUGCCGGCUCGCUGUCGAUAAUCUUUACGGCGAGUGUGAGCUCUACCCACCGUUUGGCACGGUUGCUCCAAUUGUACUCCACCCACCCGGAGCGUAUUCGCGAGUUUUCGAGCAGUCUCUCGCAAAAGCAGAGAUCAACGUUGGUAGCAGAUUGUAAAGCUGGACGUGUGGACACGGUCGUGUGCUCUGACGCUAUGGCGCGUGGUAUGGACAUCGAGGACAUUGCGAACGUCAUUAACUACGAUGUGCCUUCGUUUGUUAAGACGUACAUUCAUCGUGUUGGUCGUACGGCUCGUGCUGGCCGUCAUGGUCGUUGUGUGACCCUUGUGAAGAUGGGUCAGAUGAAGGGUAUGAUGCGCAUGCUGAAGAAAGCUGACACCAACAAGCUCAAGCCGUACCCGCUCCAACAGGACCAUGUGAAGUCAUUGGUGCCUCGCUACACCGAAGCGCUUCAGCGGCUGAAGGAGACGCUCGAUGCUGAAAAGGCUGGUGAGCUGCAGGUUACCUCCAUGCUUCGCAAGAGGAAGAGCUCUGUGUGUAGAGACAACAAGGACAAGGACGCUAUUGCACAGGACGCUAGUUUGAAGCAGAAGAUCACCGCUGCAGACAAGAAGCGUGCGUUCUCAGUACUAAAUGACCAGCUUGAACGCAACUUGGGACGCGUAAGAGCUCGUAAGCAAACAUGA